AUGGCGCAUUCUGGUACGUCGGGGGGAGGCGGAGCAGGGGGAGGCGGGGGACAGAGCGGGACAGGCCGCGGGGGCUCGGGCGGAAGCGGCGAGCGGGGGGCGGCGGCGGACAUUCUGCGGCGGCUGCUGGCGGAGCUGUGUACGCGCACGCCGUACGCGGCGAAGGAGGAGGGCGCGCUGACGCUGCGCCAGCACGUGGAGGAGGAGGCGCGCGAUCUCAGCGGCGAGGCGUUCACGCGUUUCAUGGACACGUUAUACGAACGGAUCAACGUGCUUGUAGAGAGUACCUCGCCGUCCGAUAAUCUCGGCGCCGUUCACGCGAUCGACGAGUUGAUUGACGUGCCGCUCGGCGAGAGCGCGGCCAAGGCGUCGCGUUUCGCGUCGUUCCUGCGGCGAAUCUUCGAGGAAAAGACGGAUGCUGACACGAUCUCCGCGGCGGCGGCGACGUUGGGACACGUGGCACGCGCGGGCGGCGCGAUGGCUGCUGACGUGGUGGAGUUUCAGGUGAAGGAGGCGCUGAGAUGGCUCGAAGGGGAGCGCGUAGAGGCGCGGCGAUACGCGGCCGUCCUUAUACUGAAGGAAAUGGCGGCGAACGCGCCGACGGUCUUCAACGUGCACGUCCCGACAUUCAUUGACGUCAUCUGGGCGGCACUACGCGACCCGAAGCUCGCGGUGCGGGAACGCGCGGUGGAGGCUCUGCGCGCGUGCCUGCGCGUUAUCGAGAAGCGCGAGACGCGGUGGCGCGUGCAGGGUUACUAUCGACUAUUCGAGGAGACCGAGAAAGGGCUGCAGCGCAGCGCGAGCGUCGAGAGCAUCCACGGCUCGCUGCUCGCGAUCGGCGAAAUGCUUCGCAACACUGGCGAAUUCAUGAUGGCGCGUUACAAGGAAGUCGCGAACAUUGUUCUCAAGUAUCGCGACCAUCGCGAGCGCCUCAUCCGCCGAUCCAUCACCGCGCUGCUGCCGCGCAUCGCGCAUUUCCUCCGCGAUCGCUUCGUGAGCAGCUAUUUAAAGAUAUGCAUGGAUCACCUCCUAGGAGUCAUGAAGAACCCCGCCGAUCGCGACGCGGGCUUCGCGGCGCUCGGCGAGAUGGCCAGCGCCGUCGGGCCCGCUCUGCGCCCGUACCUCCCCGCGAUCUCCGCGCUCCUCCGCGAGGCGCUGACUCCGCGGCGCGGGCGCGCGUCGGUGGAGGCGCUGACGUGCGUGGGGCAGCUAGUGGCGGCGGUGGGGGACGACAUGCGCGAGGUUGCGCGCGAGCUGCUCCCCGUGUGCCUGCACACGGGGCUCUCCCUCCCCCUCGUGCACACGCUCGCGCACAUCUCCGCGCACCUCCCCGCGCUCAAGCCGCUCGUCCAAUCACAGCUCAUUGAGGCCAUUACCGCCGUCCUCGCGCGCAAGCCCUCCGCGCGGAUCGGAACCAGCGCGGGCGGCGCGUUCGGCUCGCUGACGGGCGCGCGCCCGCCCGCGGGCGCAGGCGGAGGCGGAAGCGGAUCCGGGGGCUCGCUGACGCUCGGCGGAAGCGCCAGCCUGAGCAGCCUGGCGAGCGGCGCGCUCACAGGCGGGGGGGGCGGCGGAGCGGGGACCAGCGCGGGGGGCGGAACGGGGGGAAGCGUGGCGGGGGAACUAUCAAUGGCGGGAGUAACGCAGCUGGCGCUGUGCACGCUGUACUCGUUUGACCUAUCAGGGCACGACCUGCUGGAGCUGACGCGUGUACACGUGGCAAGGUACCUGGAGGAUGAUGACGUGGCGACCAGGAGGGAGGCCGCCGUGUGCUGCGCGCACGUCCUCGCCCACACCGCCUCCGCCCUCUCCGCGCCCCCCUCCCCCUCCCCCGCACCCUCCCCCGCGGCCCAAGCAGACCCUGGCGGCGCGGGUUCAGCCUCAAGCACUGCUGGCGGCGGGGGAGGGGGUGCACGGGCGGCAGGGGUUGUUUCGGGCGGCGUGGGGGCCGGCAGCGGGCGGGGCAGCAGCAGCGCGGCGGCACUCAAGGUCCAGCGAAUCGCGCAGCAGCUGCUGCUACAGCCGGGCAUGCGGAAGAAGCGCCGGGGGAUAGUAGAGGACAUGCUGGAACGCCUAUUGGUCUCCUCCGUUGCUGACGUGGACGCCGGCGUGCGCAAGGCCGUCCUCGCGUGCCUCUCCGCACCGGCCUCCACCGCACUGGACUCCUUCCUGGCGCAACCGGACUGCCUCCGCGCGCUCUUUAUCGCGCUAAACGACGAAACCUACGACGUGCGAGAGCAGGCCGUUCUCCUCGCCGGGCGGCUCGCCGCCCGGAACCCGGCGUACGUUCUCCCGGCACUGCGGCGGCAUCUAGUGCGGCUGCUGGGGGACGUGGAGCACAGCGGGGACAGCCGGCUGCGGGAGGACGGCGCGCGGCUGCUGCGGUGCCUCAUCCACUCGUGCACGCCGCUCGUUGCACCGUACAUCGCGCCCAUCCUCAAGGUGUUUGUCGCGCGACUUAAAGCCGUGUCCGCCGCGCAUGCGGCUGCGGUGGGGACGGUGGGGGGCGGCGGGACGAGCGGGGUGGUGGCAUCGAUGCUGGCGACUGUAGGUGAGCUGGCGAAGGUGGCGGGGAGUGCACUCACGCCCUACGUGCCCGACCUCAUGCCUCUCAUAGUCGACUCCUUGCAUGAUACCACGGGGCCGGGGCCGGGGGAGAGGAGGGAGGUGGCGGUGGUGACGCUGGGGCAGGUGGUGGAGAGCACGGGGUGCGUUGUCGCGCCGUACCGCCACUACCCCCAACUAUUGGGGUUACUUCUGUCGAUGCUGAACGGGCAGCUGGCGUGGUCGAUGCGGCGGUCGGUGCUGCAGGUGCUGGGGAUUCUGGGCGCCCUGGACCCGCACGUCAACAAGCGCAACCACCUGCUGCUGCUGCCGCAAGCCAUGGCCGCCCAGGGGGGCGUGGACGGCCGGGGGGACGCCGGGGGAGGGGGAGGCGCUGGUGGGGGUGGCGGGGGUGUGGCAGGGGGAGGCACGGGGGGUGGGGGAGCAGGAGCGGGGGGAACGGCGGGAGGAGGAGGGGCGGGAGGAGGGUGCGGGAGGGGCGGGGCGGCGGGAGGCGGAGCAGGGGGCGCAGCAGGGGCGGCAGGAGGGGCAGUGGGACCACUACAACCCCCGCGCGUGCUCCAGGGCUUCGACCGCAUGGGCGGCAUGGGCGGCGACGACCCGCUCACAGACGUGCCCUCGUCAGGCGGGCUCACCGACGAGUACUACUCCACAGUGGCCAUCUCUGCCCUGCUCCGCAUCCUGCGCGACGGCGCCCUGGCAGCGUACCACCUGCGAGUGGUCAGCUCUCUCAUGUUCAUCUUCAGAACCAUGGGGCUGGCCUGCGUGCCCUUCCUCCCCAGAGUGCUCCCUGAGUUGUUCCACGUGAUGCGCGCGUGUGAUGAGAGCCUCAGGGAGUUUCUCUUCUGGCAGCUCGCGCAGCUGGUCGGCAUCGUUCGGCAGCACAUGCGCAAGUACCUGCCGGAGAUCACCGCCCUGAUUCACGACUUCUGGCACCCGCUGCUGCUCUCCGUCUUCCCCCGCCCGCCCGCGCCCUCUCCCGUCCUCAACCUAGUGGAGCAACUCGCCCGCGCUCUCCCUGAGGACUUCAGGGUGUGCCUCCCGGACCUGCUCCCUCGGUGCGUCGCCGUGGUGGCCGACGCGGAGCGCAGCGGCGACUACAAGCGCGUGCCGCCCGUGCUGCACGCUUUCGAAGUCCUGGGCGGCAGCAUGCUGGGCGGCGACAUGGAGCCGCACAUGCACCUGCUGCUGCCAGCUGUCGUGCGCCUCUUCAAGCCCGGCGUGUCGGACGUGCCGCUGCCCAUCCAGCGCGCGGCGGUGCGCACGCUCACUCGCCUGCUGCCCUCCUUGCACGUGGCGGACCAUGCGGCGGCCAUCCUGCAUCCGCUGGCGCGCGUGCUGGACGGGCCCAGCGAGGAGCUGCGGAGGGAUGCAGCUGACGCCAUCUGUGACCUGGCUCUCGCGCAGCGCAGCACUCGGGAGGACUGGGCGGAAUGGAUGCGGCACUUCUCCGUGGAGCUCCUCAAGGAGUCCCCUUCCCCGGCGCUCCGCACCUGCGCCACGCUCGCCCCGCUCCAACCGCACGUGGCACGGGAGCUCUUUGCGGUUGGGUUCGUGAGCUGCUGGCAGGAGCUGAACGAUGCCAGCCGCGACCAGCUGGUUCACUCCCUGGAGGCCGCCUUUGCAUCCCCCAACAUCCCCCCGGAAAUCCUCGCAACCCUUCUCAACCUGGCUGAGUUCAUGGAGCAGAACGAGUGCCCGCUCCCCGUCGACAUCCGCACCCUCGGCGCACUCGCCGAGAAGUGCCACGCGUUCGCCAAGGCGCUGCACUACAAGGAGAUGGAGUUUGAAGUCGACCCGGCGGCGACAGUAGAGGCGCUGAUUCACAUCAAUAAUCAGCUGCAGCAGCACGAGGCGGCGGUGGGCAUGCUGGUGUACGCUCAGAGGCACCUGGCAGUGCAGCUGAAGGAGCCCUGGUAUGAGAAGCUGCAGCGCUGGCAUGAUGCUCUCGCUGCAUAUGAGCGCCGCGCGGCUGCUGCUGUGGCGGCCAUGGGGGGAGGGGGCGGAGGCGGGGCAGGGGGAGGGGGAGUCGGAGGGGGGCAGACCGGGAUGCUUCUCUCGGGCGCGGGCGCUGCUGCAGGGGGGAUGCAUCCCAGCAUGCAUCCAGGCAUGCAGGUGUCGGCGUCAGCAGCGUCAGCGGCGUCAGCAGCGCUGCUAGACGCCACGCUGGGCCGCAUGCGCUGCCUGGCCGCCUUGGCGCGCUGGGAGGAGCUCUCAGCGCUCUGCCACGACGCCUGGCCGCCCGCUGAGCCCGCAGCGCGCGUGCAGAUGGCGCCGCUGGGGGCGGGAGCAGCGUGGAACAUGGGGCGGUGGGACGACAUGGCAGAGUACGUCUCUGUGCUGCCUGAUGGGGGGGAUGAUGCUGGAGGGGCGUCCAUGGGUGGGUUUGGCGGGAUGGGCGGCGGUGGCGGGAGGUUCGGGGCGGUUCUGCCGAUGCAGCAGCACCAUAGCUUGGCGGGAGGGUCGGGGGUGGGGUCAGGCUCAGGGCGUAGCGACGGGGCGUUUUUCCGCGCGGUGCUGGCAGUGCGGCACGGGGCGUUCGGGGAGGCGCGGGAGUACGUGGAAAGAGCGCGGAAGCUUCUGGCGACUGAGCUGGCGGCGCUGGUGUUGGAAAGCUACGAGAGAGCAUAUGGGGACGUGGUGAGGGUGCAGCAGCUGUCAGAACUAGAGGAGGUUAUAGACUACUGCUUGCUGGGGGCAGAUGCAGGGGGAGGGGCAGCUGGUGGGGGUGCAGGAGGGGGUUUUCCAGGGAUGGACGGAGGGGGGGCGCUGGGGUUGGGAGGGGAGGAGGGGCACAUGGGCGCGGGGGAGGUGGAGGCGAGGAAGGCGGUGAUCCGGCAAAUGUGGCGGGAGAGGAUCAAGGGCGCCCAGCGCAACGUGGACGUGUGGCAGGCGCUGCUGGCCGUGCGGUCGCUCGUGCUGCCCAUGCACCAGGACGCCCACACGUGGCUCAAAUUCGCCUCGCUGUGCCGCAAGAGCGGCCGCGUGAGUCAGGCGCGAGCCACUCUCCUGAGGCUGCUGCAGCACGACCCUGCCGGGGCCAGGAUGCUCGGGCUGGACGUGCACGAAGGGGAGGGCGGUGCCGUUACCAGUAUUGGCACCCCGGGCGGCGGACUGGCGGUGGUGGCGGGGGCGGGGGCGGCAGGAGCGGUGCCACUGCUGCGGCUGCCGUCGGUGGGGAUGAGGGGUGGGGCGGGAGUGGGAGGAGGAGCGUUCGGAGGAAGCGGGUUGGGCAGCGUGGGUCUGGGAGGAGGGGUGAGCAUCAGUAGCACCGGCAUUACCACCAGCGGCACCACCAACGACAUGCUAACCGCCGCGGCAGCAGCCGUGGCAAACAUACCCCCCUCCCUCCCCUUCCCUUCCUCCUCCUCGCUCCCAUUCCCCACCUCCUCCUCCCUCGCGUACCAACCCCCAUCCACGUCCCCCCUGCUCAUCCCAGCCAUGCCGCACGUGGUGCUGGGCUAUCUCAAGUACGCCUGGGCCCUCGCUUCUGACGUCAACCGCCGCAACGCUUUCCGCUGCCUGCAGGAUCUCGCCGCCGCGCUCGCAACCACUCACGGCGCGCCACCUGGCGCCGCUGCCGUGGGGCUCGGGAACGGGCUGCUGGCGGGCGGCGGCGGCAGCGUUGCGGGCGGCGUGGGGAUGGUUUCGGCAUCAAGCUUAGGCGGGGCGCGGCCGGUGUCUCCUCUGCCCGGCAUGACCUCUCUCCCUCACACCGGCCACUCACCCCCUCCGCCCUCCGCCAUCCCUGGCCUCCCCUCCUCCUCCUCCUCCUCCCUGUCAGCACCGUCAGCAGGAGCAGCGUGGGCUGGAGCAACAGCAGGAGGAGCAGCAGGGGAGGGCGGCAGCAGCGGCAUGGCACAGGGCACACCGCUGCUGUCACGGGUGUACCUGAAGCUGGGCACGUGGCAGUGGUCGCUCCACCCCACCCUCUCCGACGCCUCCGUCGCUGAAAUCGGCACGUCCCUGCGUGCGGCAACAGAGCUGGCGCCGGGUUGGGGGAAGGCGUGGCAUCGCUGGGCACUCUUCAACACGGCAGCCAUGACGCACUUCACGCAGCGGGGCAACGCGCACGCGGCUCAGAACCAUCUGGUUGCCGCCAUUGCGGGGUUCUUCCGGUCAAUUGCGCUGGCCACGGCAGGCGGGACGGCGAGUCAGGCAGGUGGGAGAGCGGUGUUUGCAGCUGCUGGCGUGGCGGGAGGAGGGGGAGCGGGCGGGGCGGGGGAUGGGAAGGGGAUGGGGGCGGGCGGGGGAGCGGGGGUGGCGAAGGGGCUAGGAUCUGGGAAGGGCGCGGGGGACAGCCUACAGGAUAUCCUUCGGCUGCUUACGCUGUGGUUCCGGUACGGCGCUACAGCCGACGUGCAGGCGGCGCUACAGGAGGGCUUCACGCACGUGAACAUCGACACGUGGCUGCACGUCAUCCCUCAGAUCAUCGCACGCAUCCACAACAACGUGCCUGCCGUCCGCUCCCUCGUGCAAUCAUUGCUCAUCCGCGUCGGCCGGCACCACCCGCAGACCCUCAUGUUCCCGCUGCUCGUCGCCUGCAAGUCCAUGUCGCUCUCUCGCUGCGCCGCCGCACAAGCAGUCUUGGACAAUAUCCGAUCUCACUCCGCGGCUCUUGUAGAAGCAGCGCAGCUGGUAUCUGUGGAGCUGAUCCGAGUGGCCAUCCUGUGGCACGAGAUGUGGCACGAGGCCUUGGAGGAGGCCUCCCGGCUGUACUUUGGAGAGCGGAAUGUGGACGGCAUGCUGGCCGUGCUCGCUCCGCUGCACGCGCUGCUUGAAACCGCCGGCCCGGAAACCAGCACGGAAGCUGCCUUCGUGGAGGCCUACGGGCGGGAGUUGGCCGAAGCGGCGGAGUGCUGCGCGAACUACCGUCGGACAGGGAGAGAAGCGGAGCUGACGCAGGCAUGGGACCUGUACUACCACGUGUUCAAGCGCAUUAACAAGCAGCUCCCCGCGCUCACCACUCUGGAGCUGCUCCAGGUGGCGCCUGCGCUGGUCAACGCCCGCGACCUCGCUCUCGCCGUCCCCGGGACGUACCGCGCUGGGCGGCCGACAGUGACCAUCGCAGGGUUUGCACCCCAGCUGCUGGUGAUCACCUCCAAGCAGCGGCCACGGAAGAUCUCGAUCCUGGGAUCCGACGGCCGAGAAUACGUGUUCCUGCUGAAGGGCCACGAGGAUCUACGGCUGGAUGAGCGCGUGAUGCAGUUGUUCGGGCUGGUCAACACGCUCCUGGCCGGCGCCCGGUCAGCAGCUGACAAGGAUCUCUCGAUCGAACGGUACGCAGUGGUCCCCCUAUCGCCCAACAUUGGCCUCAUCGGGUGGUUACCGCACUGCGACACGAUGCACCAGCUGAUUCAGGAGUACCGCGAGGCUCACAACAUCGCAGUGAACCUCGAGAGGCGCCUCAUCCUCAGCUUCGCUCCCGAUUACGACCACCUCACAGUCAUCGGGAAAGUAGAGGCGUUUGAACAUGCGUUGGACAGCACUCCCGGGAACGACCUGGCGCGGGUGCUAUGGCUCAAGAGCCGCAGUGCUGAGGUGUGGCUGGACCGCCGGUGCAACUACACGCGGAGCCUUGCGGUGAUGAGCAUGGUGGGGUAUAUCCUGGGGCUGGGCGACCGCCAUCCGAGCAACCUCAUGCUGGAUCGAUACUCGGGCAAGAUUAUCCACAUUGAUUUUGGUGAUUGUUUUGAGUCAUCCAUGCACCGCGAGAAGUUUCCCGAGAAGUUCCCCUUCCGGCUGACGCGCAUGCUGGUGAAGGCGAUGGAGGUGAGCGGCAUCGAGGGCACAUUCCGGUUCACGUGCGAGGCGGUGAUGGCCGUGCUGCGGCAACACAAGGACUCGGUGCUCGCCAUGAUGGAAGCCUUCAUGUAUGAUCCGCUCAUCAACUGGCGCCUUAUCAACCGCACCGGCGCCGCUGCCGCUGCCGCGAAUACCACUGCUGCUGCCGCUGCAGGAGCGGGGGCAGGGGGAGGAGGUGCGGGUGGUGGUGGGGCGGCGGGUGGGGGAGGAGGCGGGGCGGUGCAGUCGCCGCCGCCGCAGCGGGGCGCGCGGGAGCGGGAGAUUCUGCAGGCGCUGGGGCAGCUGGAUGACGCCCAGGAGGUGCUGAAUGAGCGCGCAGUGGCGGUGAUGACCCGCAUGAGCAACAAGCUCACUGGUCGCGACUUCCACCCCCUCGCUCCCUCCGCCGCCCCCGCAGCUUCUCUCCCUGGGGCCGUGCCGGAGUCCCCUCGCACAGGCAGCAGCAACAGCCUGCUGGGGGACAGUGGGCGCAGCUUGGAGCGGACCACGUCAGCCAUGGCUGCUGCGGCGAUGGGGAGUGGCGGUGGGGUGAUAGCGGAGGGGCGGGAGAGCGAGCCGGGGGUGAGUGUGAAGGAGCAGGUGCAGCGGUUGAUAGUGCAGGCUACAUCGCAUGAGAAUCUCUGCCAGAGCUACAUCGGCUGGUGCCCCUUCUGGUGA